CAGUGACAGCCGAAGAGGCAAACGUCAUUAGGCACAAAAUUGCAGCAGUACUACUGAACCAGAAGCCAAAUGCGCCGAAUAUAAAUAAAAAAGAGCAAAUGGCAUUAAGACAACUACAGCAAGAUAAGUCAAUUGUAAUUACAAGAGCAGAUAAAGGCAAUAUCACAGUUGUCAUGAACUCUGCAGAUUACGAAAAGAAGGCCAUUGAUCAUCUUAAUGAUGGACCUUAUGAAAAAUUCAACGCGAAUAAAUCAAGAGCGACAUUAAAUAAGCUGAAGGCUGAAACAAGCAAAAUGCUACAGUCAAUAAAAGAAAAGCUUGGUGUAUCACUUUGGUUUACUCUGGCUCCAAAAAGUUGCAGCCCCUGUAGAUUUUAUGGGUUACCAAAAAUACACAAACCAGAAGUACCAUUACGUCCAGUAGUGGAUUUUACUAACUCUCCAACAUACAAACUCUCAAAAUACAUUUAUCGAAUUCUUAGCCCAUAUGAAAUGAAAGUGGAGCAUGGAGUGAAAAAUUCGUAUGAAUUUAAGAGGAAAAUAAAUUUGACUAAUAUUGAAGAAGAUGAAAUAAUGGCAAGUUUCGAUGUUUAUUCAUUAUUCACGAAUGUACCCGUUAAUGAUUCUUUAAGUAUUAUUUAUAAUUUACUUUGUGCUGACGACGAACUCAGUGAUCGUUGUCCUUUAAAUCCCGACGAAAUUAUGAAGGUAUUAGAACUGUGUCUUAAAUCCACGUUAUUUACGUUCAGAGGGGUUCUUUAUCGUCAAAUAGGAGGCAUUGCUAUGGGAUCACCAGUAUCUCCGCUAGUCGCCAAUCUGUUUAUGCACUCAUUAGAAACAAAUGCAAUUAUGAGAUGCCUUAGUCCCCCAAAGAUGUGGUUAAGAUACGUAGAUGAUACCUUCAUCAUAAUCAAACGUAGUUUGUUAAAUGAACUUUUUCAGUUAAUAAACAAUAUGUCAGAAACCAUCAAGUUCUCCAAAGAGGUUGAAUCCGAUGAAAAUGAGUUGGCGUUUCUGGACUGUUUAGUAAAAAGAAAAUUAGACGGAAAAUUUAAAAUAAACAUUUUCAGAAAGCCGACAAAUUCGGAUAGAUACCUAGAUUAGCAUUCAGCUCACCCAUUUACCACCAAAGUAACUGUGGCCAAGAAUCUGAUCAACAGAGCCAAACGUCUAGUUACUGAGGAGGAAGAUAUUAACGAGGAACUAAAAUUAGUUCAAUCCACUCUUGAGUCAAAUAAUUAUCCUAAAGCCUUCAUAAAAAGAUACUUAAAAUGUGAAGAUAAGGAUGAAUCAAAACCUGCUGCUAAGAAUUGGGUUAGUACAGCGGUGGUUCCUUACCGCAAAGAAACGUCCGAUGAAAUAAAGCGAAUCCUUAACGAACAUAACAUAAGAGUGUACUUUCGUGCAUCUAACACCUUACGUUCAUUGCUGGUGAAGGUUAAGGAUAAAAUAGAACAAGAAAACCAGCAGAAUUGCGUAUACCAGAUCAAUUGUGGGGAUUGUAACGCAGUAUAUGUAGGAGAAACUUCUAGACAGGUAAAUAUAAGAAUGAAAGAGCAUAAACAAUGUCUAAAGGUGGUUCCAAAGAGCUCUGCAGACUUGAAGAAGCUAGAAAACAACUCAGCGAUUGCGCUACAUUCAAUAGAAACGGGACACAAAAUCGACUUUGAUAAGACUAAGGUUUUACAAAAAGGUUUUGGUUCAUAUCAAGAAAGAUUAACUGCAGAAGCCCUACAUAUAUGGGUGAAUCCCAACAGUUUAACAGACGUGAAGGUGUGAUCUUAGCCGAUGCAUGGCAAAUCCUGACUAAUAA